UGCGUCGUUUGGGCGGCUAACAUGGUUGAGCACCGUGAUGCAGCGCGACUUCGCCAGCGCGUCCACGUAUACUACUGAUUUCGCGUUGCGGCGACAAAGGCACUGUGCGUCUACUCGCCACGACUUGUACGUACGUUCCAGAUCCUAGGCCCUCGGCGCCUGAAGUGGUGGUAGCUGCGGCGGUAGCUGUACGCACGGAAUUGUUCCCUGUUGUGCGCUUUCGUAAGAUCGCUGGUACGUGCAGAUCUUGUACGUCGUGUGCUCACUAUUGCAAAAAGUGAAUCCCGGCCCUACAGGCUCGCAUGCACAGGCCGCCUUCGGUCGAAGGGAAUUGUGGAAAAGAUGCCAAGCAUUCGCUACUAUCGCUGCCCACGGUGUGGCUGCCACAGGUUCUCACUGAAGUUGCUCUUCAGGCACCUGCACUCAGCCCAUGGCCACGAAGAAAAUUGGGUGUGUGGCCUAGAAGGUUGCAUGCAGACAUUCAGGUUCUUCGUUUCAUACAAAAGACAUGUGUAUCGCAAGCACUCUGAAGCGUUGGAAGUGAAACAGCAACUUCAAGAAAAUGUGCCAGUGGAAACAGCUCAGAGCAGUGUGGGAGCAGCAGAAGGGACCUUAUCUACCCAGGAGGGAGAAGAAGAAAUCCACAACGAAGGUGCCCCUUGUGAAUCCGCUGAUGUUCCCAGUGACUAUGUAAGGCAUCUUUCCAUCAUGUUUUUAAAGUGGAAGGAAGUAAGACGUCUUCCAGAGUCAACACUGAAUGAAAUAGCAAAUGACGUCAUCACAUUUGUUACAACUGUCUUGGAAGAUGACAAAUUGAAUGGUGAAAUGUCGUCCAGCCAAAGAGGAGCAUACAAAGACCAGUUACGCGGGCUGAUGACCGAAUGUGGUCGCUACACAUACUGGAAAAAUCAUUUCGCACUUGUUGAGCCGAGAACUGUAAUGCUCGGAGAGUCUAAUGGAAAGCGGGACACUAUGGAGUAUGUGCCACUAUGUGAUGUGCUAAAGUGUAUUCUGGAACAUCCUCACCUUUCAGGUGACUUCAACAGUGACGUCAAGAUACCUGAUCAUAUGUGCUCAGUGUUUGAUGGUAGUGCUUUUAAGAAGCAUCCUUUCUUUGCUGGUGAUGAAAGCAAGAUUUGCUUGCAGUUGUACACAGAUGAAUUCGAGGUGUGCAACCCACUAGGCAGCAAACGAGGAAAGCACAAGUUAACUGCUGUGUACUUUUCUGUGCUAAACUUGGGUGUACAAUAUCGCUCAGCACUUUCAGGCAUUAACUUGGUGCUUCUAGUGAAAGACAAGCACGUUUGCACAUAUGGCUUUACCAAGGUUCUUGCUCCUUUGCUGGAUGAUCUGGCCAUAUUAGAAAACGAUGGCAUAGUUGCAAACGGAAGACUAAUGAAAGGGUCUGUUUUUAUAUUAACUGGUGAUAACCUUUCUAGCCACAGAAUUGGUGGGUUUAAGGCGUCGUUCAAUCAAGGGAGAAUAUGUAGAUUCUGCCUGGCACUGCGCCACGAGGUCAACUAUAAGCAUUUAGAAACUGACUUUGUGAUGCGAACGCCAGAAGGUCACCAGCACCAUUUAAACAUGUUGAAGGCAGGGCUACCAACCGCAUCACUGUACGGUGUCAAGGACGCUAGCCCACUGCUUGCACUUCAGGGCUUUGACCCAUCUCAACAUUUGCCACCAGAUUUAAUGCACGACUUGCAUGAAGGUGUUAUACCAUUCACAUUGAAGCACAUUAUUUCAUCGUUAAUUUCACAAGGUUGUUUUUCACUCGGACAGCUGAACAAAUUGAUUAAUGAAUGGAAUUACGAUCCGUGCGACGCAAGGAACAAACCAGAGGCAAUUUCUAAGGAUUUUCUUUAUGGAAAAACUACCAUUAAGGGUUCUGCAUCGCAAGUUUUUGCCCUAUUUCGCCACCUUUCUCUUUUUGUGGGUGAUCUUGUACCAGCGGGGAGCGAAGUCUGGCAACUCUACUUACUUCUUCGAGAAAUCGUGGACAUCAUCAUGAGCCACAAAAUCCCAGUCUCGUACAUAGCUUACUUGCAGCGAAAAAUCCACCUUUUUUGUCUAGAGUUUAGGACACUGUUUCCAUCGUCUUCAUUUACUUGCAAGAUGCAUUACCUCAUUCAUUACCCGUCUUGUAUUGAGAAAUUUGGACCACUAGUUGACAUCUGGGCGAUGCGUUUUGAGGCAAAACACCAAUACUUUAAAGAUAUUUUACGUAAAGUUCACAAUUGGAAGCGCGUUUCGCACACUCUUGCCAUGCGGCACCAGUUCUGUCAGUGUUUUUAUUUUAUUUCUGGAGAUGACAAAAGCAUGCCAGUUACAAGUGGUUGUCGGUCUGUGCUGUAUGAGCACCUGCCUUGCUGUGUUAAAGAGUUCAUCUCGCAACAUGACCUGCAGUGCACUAAUUCCUUCAGUGCAAAUUGUGUGACUGUGUAUGGCAGAUCAUACCGAGUAGGAUGCAGCCUUGUUCUUAAUGUUCCAGAUGACAGCUUGCCUGAGUUUGUGCAUGUUUGUGGACUGUUUUAUGUGGACAAAGUUCUUUUGAUCAUGCUAGAGCUACUUGAGACUGUUCGCUUCGAUGAACACUUCCAUGUGUUUGUUGUUAGCACUACUGAUAAGUACAAAGUUAUAACCUCAUUUUCAGAGUUUGCAACAGAGCCACUGUACAUACAUAAGCACAUGGGACGCCGUGUUAUAAGCGCGCGCCAUUCCUUGUUCUAAACAUAUGUUGACUGCGUUUGCCUUACUAAUUGUUAAUUUCUUCAUGUCAAAUCGCAAGCUUGCUUUUUUUCACCCAGAACUUUUAAAAAUUGCAUGGUUGUAGUGUGAUCUGUCUGCUCCUUGGGACUACUGGUGGUUUCUGUGGUUAUGUAGUUGAAUUGUGUAUUUAUUUAAUAUGAUGAAAUGAUACUGGUGAAAACAAAUUCUCUAUUGUAGUGCUAUUCUCCAAUAAUUUGUUAUUCUUUGUUUGCAAUGUACUCAAGUACAUAAACAGUGAAAACGGAAUAAAAAUGUAUUCAACAUACUGGUAAUUUGCAUAGUUCUGUGACUAAAAGCUAGAACAGCUGGUGGGCUCUUGUAGAAUCAUGUUCAUGUUGGCUAACACGAUUCUUAAAAGGGAAUAUCUGUCGAAUUUACUCUGUAUAUACCAGACAUUUCACCAGAUAUAUAAAGAAAAAAAAAAACAGCACCGUGAAGAUAACAAGUGAUACAGUUCAAAGCCGCGACCAUCAAUAAUUUAUGGUCGUGGCCAUGAAACGUAUAUUUCAGAAAGACUAAUAUCCACAAAACUACUACUUUUUUCAUUAACAUUUUGAUGGGGCAUAUUAUUUCAAAAUUGAAGCCAGAUAAUAUGGGAAGUUUAGCCAUCUGACAGAAAUACUGUCAGCGGCACCAGCCUCGCAAAAUAUGCACCUACAUAGUGUGGCAUAAUGCAUUAUUGUUCCAGAUACAUGCACCAUAAAGUUUUUCUCGAAAAAUAGAAAGUAGAACAUCAUUGCAAGCUCGUUUAGAAGGAAUAUCUUAAAAACUUGCGUCGCUCACCAAAUUCGCACUUAUUGAGUACAUUUUGCAUACAGGCCGACUUGAAUUUUGUAAUUACCGCAUGAUCUUUAAAUUGAAAAUAAAAGCUAGCCGAUUGCAAUAAGUACAUAUGGAGUUAAUUACUAUAGGAUAUAUCCACACUUGACAUGAAUUGCCUUGAAUACUGUAUUACCGAAUAAAGCGCCUUUAUUAUCACCAAUGCUCUGGGCAUGUUAUAUAUAGCCUUUGUAAAAGACCCAUGCGUACACAUAUGUGUACAUAUACAUAUUUAUGUGUCACUUACACCCUUCUUGAGCAUAAAGCAACACCCUUGGUGCAAAUCGGAGGGUGUUAAAUAUGUACGCACCCUACUGAUAGGGUGUAGUAUUGUAAAAUAAUGGCAGAAGGGUGUUAAAGGGUGUACUCAAGGGUGUUAAAAUGAGAAUACACCCUUUUUACACCCUUUUGGGUGUAAAAACUUUUACU